AUGACGGAUUGGAGGCGUGAGGUAUUGGCACUCUACCGAGAUGUAUUGCGCAUUGUGAGAAGCUUUCCAAACCGCAGCAUGGCUCGCAAGCUACGGUACAAUGCGAGGGAAUUGCUGUAUUUGAGACGGCACGAACAAAGCGCCGCGCGCAUUCAAAUGCACUUGACGGAGGGACGUGACGCUCUCGAUGUGUACCGAGUACUGCAAAGUGACAGUAAACUGCUCACGGCCAUUACAAGGAAGAAUCGACUCGUUAAAGAAUCAGAAGCUAAGGAAAAGUAG